UCGCUGGGAGCCCGCAGGAGGAGCUCUGGGGCAUGGAGGGGAAGGAGAGGUGAGGAGAGCCGGCCCCCGCACGCCCUGCCCCACACCGCACCUUGGAGCAUCCAGCCUGAGGGGGACCAGCGAUGCCUCUGGGGAUGAAUAAGCAUGGAUCUCGCUCUACUACCUCUUUGCCUCCGGACCCCACGGAGAUCGUCAGGAGCAAGGCCUGCUCCCGCAGGGUCAAGCUCAAUGUGGGGGGGCUGGCCCACGAGGUUCUCUGGCGGACCUUGGACAGGUUGCCACGGACCAGGCUGGGUAAGCUUAGAGACUGCAACACACACGACUCCCUCAUGGAGAUCUGUGAUGACUACAACCUGGAGGAGAAUGAGUACUUCUUUGACAGGCACCCGGGGGCAUUCACCUCAAUCUUGAACUUCUACCGUACUGGCAAGCUGCACAUGAUGGAGGAGAUGUGCGCCUUGUCCUUCAGCCAAGAGCUGGACUACUGGGGGGUGGAUGAGAUCUACCUGGAGUCCUGCUGCCAGGCCCGCUACCAUCAGAAGAAGGAGCAGAUGAAUGAGGAGCUGAAAAGAGAAGCUGAGACAUUGAGGGAAAGGGAAGGGGAGGAAUUUGAUAACACUUGCUGCGCUGACAAAAGGAAAAAGCUCUGGGACCUCCUGGAGAAGCCCAACUCCUCCGUAGCGGCCAAGAUUUUGGCAAUCAUUUCCAUCAUGUUUAUUGUACUAUCUACAAUUGCCUUGUCCCUAAACACACUUCCUGAAUUACAAGGCAUGGAUGAAUUUGGGCAGACGACAGAUAAUCCUCAACUUGCCCAUGUGGAAGCAGUGUGCAUUGCAUGGUUUACAAUGGAAUACCUCUUGCGGUUCCUAUCCUCGCCUAAGAAAUGGAAGUUUUUCAAAGGCCCACUGAAUGCUAUUGAUUUGCUAGCUAUCCUACCAUACUAUGUCACUAUCUUUCUCACAGAAUCCAAUAAAAGUGUACUUCAGUUCCAAAAUGUACGACGAGUGGUCCAAAUAUUUCGGAUUAUGAGGAUACUCCGGAUUCUAAAGCUUGCCCGGCACUCAACGGGUUUACAAUCCUUGGGGUUUACACUGAGGAGAAGUUACAAUGAGCUUGGCUUACUCAUCUUGUUUUUGGCCAUGGGCAUUAUGAUCUUUUCCAGCUUAGUGUUUUUUGCAGAAAAAGAUGAGGACGAUACAAAAUUCAAGAGCAUCCCAGCUUCCUUCUGGUGGGCAACAAUCACCAUGACAACAGUAGGCUAUGGAGAUAUCUACCCCAAAACACUUUUAGGUAAAAUAGUAGGAGGACUGUGCUGCAUUGCUGGAGUGCUGGUGAUUGCUCUUCCUAUCCCAAUUAUUGUCAAUAACUUCUCUGAGUUCUACAAAGAGCAGAAGAGGCAAGAGAAAGCCAUUAAGCGCAGAGAAGCUCUUGAAAGGGCCAAAAGGAAUGGUAGUAUCGUCUCCAUGAACAUGAAGGAUGCAUUUGCCCGUAGUAUAGAACUUAUGGACAUUGUGGUUGAAAAGAAUGGAGAAAGCAUAGCCAAAAAGGAUAAAGUUCAGGACAAUCAUUUAUCUCCCAACAAGUGGAAAUGGACCAAGAGAACACUCUCUGAAACUAGCUCUAGUAAAUCUUUUGAAACUAAAGAACAAGGAUCUCCAGAAAAAGCUAGGUCGUCUUCAAGCCCCCAGCACCUGAAUGUCCAACAGCUAGAAGACAUGUAUAACAAAAUGGCAAAGACUCAGUCACAGCCAAACCUUAACACUAAAGAGUCAAGUCAACCUGGAAAGCAAAAGGAAGAGCUAGAAAUGGAGACCCUUCCCGGCCCUAUGGUGCCCUUGCUGACAACUCGCACCGAUGGGAUCAUUGACAUGAGGAGUAUGUCCAGUAUUGACAGCUUCAUAAGUUGUGCUGCAGAGUUCCCUGACUCUGGGAGGUUUUCCCACAGCCCACUCGCUACACUUCCCUGCAAAGGUGGCGUUAAUGUGAUUCAGGAGCAGAGCAGAGCAGAAGGGAGUAGUGCCAGAUUUGCAGAAAUAAGCUCUGAAGGCAGCCACCGUUCUGCUUUUUUCAUAGAAAGUCCAAAAAGCUCCAUAAAGGCCAGUAACCCUUUAAAACUAAGAUCUCUGAAAGUCAACUUCAUGGAGGAGGAUGCCAGCACAUUAGUACCAGCGUCAAAUGUCCUGAGAAUAUAUCCAGACACUCUCAAGAGCAGGGGAGCUGCUUCUGCCACUGUCACAGAUACUUCUUUACUCUCUGACAGAUCUCUCAUGAGCCCAGAAACCUCCAUCUACACAACUGCAAGUGCAAGAACACCUCCAAAGUCACCAGAGACACAGACAGCCAUAGCUUUCAACUUCCAUGAUGCCGGCAUUCACAAAUACAUAGAUGCUGACACUGAUGACGAAGGUCAGCUGCUUUAUGAUUCAAGUCCUCCUGGAAAUGUGAGUCCUAAGUACAAUGUUACAAACAUUGGUUAUCUAAAGCAAAAGGACAAUGUUUAUAGAACAGAGAAGAACCAUCUAGAAGCUGCUGCUUUACCCACCUCCCCUAAGCUAAUAGGGCAAAACUGCAUUUAUUCUAUGGAAGGUAUCACUGGAAGAACCCAGGGCAAUCAGGAGACUGUCAGACUAGAAAAUCACAUUUCCCCAGAAGUCCACGUAUUACCAGGCAGUGGAGGACAUGCUAACACACAUGAUCAAAGCAUCUGAACAGGCUCCAAGAUAACUUACUGAAAGUUUAAGGGAAUGUCCAUACAGUCAACUCAAAAACAAAAAAGGAAAAACAAAAAACAAAAAACAAAAAACAAACAAACAAAAAAGAGCUUCUGCAUGGCAUGAACUUGGCUGAAACAAGCCAUCUGUUUCUAAAAGUCUGAGGGGAGGUCCAGUGUGGGUUUGUGAAAAUGUCCUUCUCUGAAACAACUCUAAAGACAUUGCCCACAUCAGUCAAAAAUAAGGAUUGCAAAUCAUGAUCACACAUUGAUCUCCUUUCAUGUUGUCCAGUGAAGCCAAUGUGACCAAAUAUCCAUCCAUUCCCCUUGAACGCUAGAGCUCCUUUUGGAAAUAUUAACACCUGAUUUGCGUUAGUUCCAUAAAGGAUGCCAAGGCAGCCAGAUAUGAACUCUGGAAUAAUUUGCUGGGGUUGGUAUAAAGCUAUCUAAAACACAAUGCUCUCUGCUUCAGGGCAGCUGUUCCUCAUCUACAGCUUUCUCUGAUGGAUAUUAUGUCUAAAGGUAACAGGGAACACUUGCAUUAUUAGAAAAAUCCAAGUGAAAACCAUUUAAAAUAAAUAGCGGUCUAGAGAAACCAGUUAUUAAAAUGCUCUGUGUGUGUUUAACAAUACUAUAUCCUGUAGGACCUGACGUUUUCUUUUGAAACAUCAGCAGGGUGAGUUGCACCACUUGUAUCUAACUCCAAACACCCCUUAGGACGUAGUGAAACUCGCACUUACCCUCUGCUAAAAUUAAAAGCUGCCCUUGGGCCAGCACAUGGCCCUUGGGGCACACACAGCCCAUGCUGGGAAGGUGUGAAGGAGCCAUGCAGAAGCAGGGAUCUCCGGCAGCAUCACAGCCCCCUUCCUGCAGCUGGGGAGCGUGGGGUUAGAAGGGGAGCUCAGCUCCUCUCUGGGCUCCUGGCUGCACCAUGGCAGCUCCCGGCCCUACAGGGAUGGCCGAGUGCAGUAGCUGGCCCUAGGUUUGGUCCGAGCAUGGCCGGCUCCUCGGUCCUACCCUUCCCGCCCGCGCCCUGACUUCAGGCAUCAGCUGAAGUCUCGCCCUUGGCGUAGGAGAGGAACCAGUUGGUCUGAAGCUUUUCGCGCCCACGUGGCGUGGUGAAAGAUAUGCAAGCAUUACAUAAAUAUGCAAAAAGAGGGAUUCUUUAGCUACCCGCCCCGGGCCUGGUUGUGCUCUCUCUUGUCAGGAGGUUGGGUGGGAGCAUCUCCUGUCGUGUUGGUGCAUCCAGCACCGCAGGGAGAUUGCCAGAGACAGCAGGACCAGGCCUGAUGUUUUAAUAGCAUCCACUCAUUUUUAAGUGAAAGAAGAAAAAAAUAAUACAAAAAAAUAAUAAAAAAAAAAAGAUUUGACCAUUUUAAGUGAACAGAACUAGCAGCCACCAGCCUAGGUUUUUAAAAUAUUAUUGUUUCAAUAAAGUUCUGUCAAAUUGUGUAGGAAAUAAUUUGUCUUUGGUUUUUAAUACUGGGGGGGAAAAGCACUUUACGUUGACUUUUUGUUGUUGUUGCAAUGCUGGAGUAGGAUAGCAGAGUGUAACAAUCAAGCACUUUAAUCAAGCACUAUUUUAAUUUGUGCCUCCUGUCGUGACUGUGAUUUGUUACACACCGGUAGCAAGUCACAACCUGUCCUGUGAUAACUGUGAUGGUAAUCUUUUAUGUUGUUAUCUGUUUCUACUGUAAAACUCAGUUGUAAAUAACUCUGUCAAUAAGUGUUUCCUGACCUAUUUUGGAGCACCUGCCGGGGCGUGUAGCUAUCUGCAUGCAACAGGUCUUGGGGCGUGCAGAGGCACAGGACUCGGGAGCGGAGGCGCACGCUGGAGGAAGACUAUAACCAUGCGAGCCCACUGCGUUUUGUCCCUUCCCCUUGUGAAAAAGCUGUUGGUUGGUCCUGAAUGUAACUGUCUGUCCGUCCGAGCUGUACAGUACUUCUGUCUGUAAUCCAUAAUAGUGAAUGCAGCAUGUACGGACAAAAGCAAUAAGCACAUAUCUGUUUUAGGAACUGUUAUGGGUUACGAUGAUAGCUUUGCUAGGUCUCUCCGUGGCACAAACCCUCAUGCAUGCUGGAGCGGUUGUCCCACUGGGCUCCUGGCGGUGGGAUGCAGCCCGAGGCACUGCUCACGCGUCCUCCUUGCCUCCUGCAAGGACAGGCCCUAGGGAAUGCGCAAGUGAGACCUGAGCCACCACCUCAUGAAUUCGCCCGCUGGCAGUGGAAGAGGCCUCAUGUCAUGCAGAGAAUUACGUGGGAGGUACUCAAACUCAGUGAGUUGCUCGAACUCGGUGCGAGCAAACUGUGCUCUCCAGGGUAUUUACACAGGGCCAAUUCCUGAGGUUCCUCAGCUUUUGCUCUGUCUUCACUCAGUCAAAACCACCAUUCCUCCAAAUGGGCUCUUUGCCUGGUGAAGGACUUUAGGAUUUGGCCAUAGUAAAUACAAGUGUACUUAAAGGAACUGACGUAUUGCUAGUUAAGAUUGAGUCGUUAUGAAGAAGUAAAGUGACUUUCCAGCAGAUAAGCUUUAAAUACUGAUUUAUUCUAUGGCUUUCCAAGGCCAUGGACUGGCAAUGAGAAAUUUUAACGAGAACAGUCUUAACAUAACCUCUAUGUUUCAGUGAUCAUUCAUGUCUGCCAUCAGCACAAAUGUAAAAAGAAAAAAAAAAAAAUCAGGGACAAUUUUUUUGAUAAAGUAAGUAAUAGUGAUUUCCAAGCUAAAUAUUUUUAGAGCUGAUGCUUUCAUGUGGAAAAAAGUCAUAUUUUACAUAUCACAAAAGUGAGCAUAUUUAAAUAUAGCCAUAUAGUGUAGUAUUUACCACACUUUCAUCCAAAUUGAUGUAUUUGGUUUAUAGAUGGCACUGACAAAAAUGUAUAGAUCAACGAUUCUAUCAUUUUUAACUGAUAAUCAACUGGUGCAACUCUCCUUGUAACCAAAGGCCCUCUGUUUGCCUUGUGUGUUUACUUACAACACAUAUCUUAUAUCAUCUAUUUAGUCCUACCUUUAAAGUAGCAUUUUAUUGAGUCACUUUUGAAAGUCAAAUUCAAAAGUAUCAUUAAAAAUCUACCUUUUAAGUCUGAAUAGCCAAAGUCCUAUAGAUUUCUUAUA